AUGCUCCCAUUAUAUUUAUUAACUGCAGCAAAAAAUAAACCAAUAUUAAUUGAAUUAAAAUCAGGACAAAUUUAUAAUGGAUAUUUAACUAAUUGUGAUUCAUGGAUGAAUUUAACAUUACAUAAUGUUAUACAAAUUGAUUCAUUAAAUGGAACAAAAGAAGGAGAAGGAGAAGGAGAAGGAGAAAGAGACAAUAAAGAAAAAGAAAAUGUUUUUUUGAAAUUACUGGAAAUAUAUAUUAGAGGAAUUCAUAUUAAAUAUUUAAGAAUUCCUGAUGAUAUUAUGAAAUAUGCUAAAGAACAAAAUAUGAUAAAUAUGGAAAAUAGAAAUCGAUACCAAAAAAGAAGAGGUGUAGGAGGAGGAGUAGGAGCAGGAGGGAUAAAUGAUUCAAGAAGAUUUAAUAAUAAUAGGCAACAAGGGCAUGGACAUAAUUAUGGACGUAGAUGA